AUGGAAGCCUUCUAUGGUUCGUGGAAAUUGGAAAGCAGUGAUGACGUGGGUGUGUUAGCUAGACGCAUGGGUGCGGAAAUACCCAAGGAGAAAUUGGCCCAAAUGUCGGAUUCGAGCCUGGCAUUCUCCCCAGGUGUCGCCGCCGACCAGUACAACAUGCAAGUAAGAAUGGGCCCUAUGACUCGCGACACAACGUUCAAGCUGGGUGAGAAAUUUCAACACACUACAAUGGAUGGUCGACCCAUUAAGGCAAGAUUCUGACGUAGCUUUCAUUCAUAUUUCAUACGUGUUUUUAUUGAGACAUCUCUUGGUGCUAUUUAAUUUGCCAGUUCUCUAGGCAAAAUCUUUCCACUAAUCUCGACCAGAGCAACUGGACAGCCAGUUCCCUGCAUUCAGAUUUUCUAACACCUGACUGUGAAACUCUGGCGAGAGUCGCAGUUCAAAGUGUAAACUGGUUUGUAUUCACUUUCGUGGAACAAUUAAACCAUACGUACUUAAUUAAUAUGCAUGUGCAUAAGUCAGAGUGGAGAGGAAAUACGUUGGAAGUAAAUUCGGACUCUUUUGCGUUCACCUAGCCAUUCAUAACCCAUGCGAAACCUGUUUGCGUGGGGAAGCCAAUGGAUCUGUUUGCGUCCCUUCCUGAGUUAAUGCAUACGUUUAUAUAUGGCAAUACAUACAUAUGAUCUUCAGAGCGUAUCAUCACAAUUAUUUUGGCGGUCAAGUUUGACAGUAAAUCUGUGAGGUGACUGAACCAAUUCAAAAUAAACGAUAAUUUUGUGUUCACAUACUUUGUAGAUGACUAUUACACUGGAGGGCAACAAGUUGACAAUUACUCAGGAAGGGGAGAGAACAAUGCUCAUUGAGAGCGUUGUCGAUGGUAAUAAUUUAACAAUGGUGAGUCAAAACCAGUCAGUUUGCCUUUUCGUGAAAAUGAUACGAGGAUGCCCUAAUCAUGCACAACUUUGCUCUCGUAAAAUGCCGUUAAGAGUUCACGAGGGACAUAAUAUCAGGACGAAGUCCUGAAAUCCACAGUUGGACCUAUAGAGUGUUUCUACACCAUUUAUGUAGCUGAAGGGAUUCCAAUGCAGAUGCGUCGACUGUCCCUAACAGCACCAGCACCGAUUUUGCAGAACUGUCCUCGUGUCAUUAGGGAAAAUAUCGAGGAUGCCGAAGCCCGAAGGCAGGACAUAGACCUAGAUGGAGAAGUUGAACUGAGGUGACGGAGUAUACACGCUGCUCAGUAAGCUGUCGGAGCAAACCCUCUUACCAGGCCAGUGUCAUCCGCAGUGCAUUCACCUAAGUUUCGCUGGGCUGUCGUCAAUGGGUGAAGGGAGAAUUGCAGCCGGCACCGCGGUAGCUACUUGCUGGAGAUUGUUAAAAGCACCAUAGUGGUGACUUACAGAUGAACAGGGCCACCCAAUAAGGCCUUUUGUGCGAGCCUGUCGAUUUGGAAAUGCUUGGGGCGUAGACUUGGGGAAAUACGAUUGUCCUUGGAAAUUCACAAUUCACAAAGCUUGCAAUUGGCGAUAUUUGAAGUCCUAGAAUUUGGUUGAGAAAUGUACAUGCGGCUAUUUUGCUAUUACGACGGUCGUGAAAAAAGAACGAUCAGAAGUCUCAAGUGAAUAUUUGGCAGGAGUACGUUUAGGCUCUUUGUAUUCACUUCAUGCCUGUAGUUAAUGCGAUUUUGACUCCCGUUUAGUCAGCAUGUUCUCAGUGUUUUGUCUUGCGUAAAUUUCCCCCAGAUGCGAACUCAUUCAGAAAUCGCUUUGUUUUUCAUUUUGCAGACUCUGACAGUGUGCGACGUCUCUUGUGUUCGACACUACGUCAAAGUUUAAAUGUACAGAGAUUAAUAAAGGCAAAUUUAUUUUAACGCAGCAUAUGCUUCUGUUCUUUGGGUAAAAUGCGCACUGGGUCCGCACUGGCCUUCAUUAAUUAGCGGCUAACUCGCUCCAUCAAGGUGCCAUCACCGUUCUAACCUAACCGCCUUUUGGAGCCAAAUAUGUGAAGGUCGAUUGGCCGAGACAUUAAAAGUUCCACAGUCGUGAAUUAAAUAAGCGGGAAGUCCUUUGGAGAUCGGUAUAAAUGAGCUAGAAGGAGUUACGAAAUACGUCUAAUUUACUCACUGACUGCCGGGAUCCCCCAGCCUGCGUGAGGUGACGCAAACAAUCCCAGUCUACCAUCGCCAAAAUCUGUUGACUUUAGUCUGAACCGCUUAGACAAUAAAUAAUAUUGCAUGAAUCGAAGUAUGCUUUCUUUUGAAGUUCAGGCAUUUCUGCAACACAGUUUAAUUCUGGAGAAUGGGGUGUAGGUGGUUCAUGCGCUACAGGGGUUUUAGUGCAGAGUUCGCAGCUUUUCUUAUGGUAGGUCAGGAACUGAACGCUAGACCGUGUCCUCGAAUACGACCACCUCUUUGGAUUAAAUACUACAAGAAAUGUUCAGGCGCGUCUCUUCAAGCAACAUGUUGCCUAAGGAAGGUUGAGCCAGAGAAGGUAUUUCCCGUCGACCAAUGUCCUGGUCAAGCAUCGAGUUCGCGGAUGUCUGAAAUUCCGCGAAGAUGAUGAAUUUCGGGAUCCUGCACGUCGUCUGCUGACCAGAAUCCUAGUCAUUUGAUAGACAGCGCAAUAAAGGACGCCUGUGCCUUCCUUAGUUCACCAUCGAGUAGGAUUGUAGCCACAGGUGCAAUGAGGAAACACUUGUAGCAAAUAGGUGAAUUGCGUCAUAGUAAGGGUUACACUCUUGCACAUCGACCCCAAUCCCCCCCACGCACAGUCUUUCAGAAAGAGUACUCACAUGGAAAAGGAGUAUUAUACCGUUUGCAAAUGAGUUUGAACACAUUCUCUGGCCCCGAAAAAGAACUCAUCUACACCCUGCACAAUAUGACCUAUCGCCGCCGCACAACCGAGUUAGGGUUUAAGCACGAAUUUAGCGGCGUCGGCAAUCAACGCCGAUUAUUCUCAUAUUGAGUCGAUGAGUGUGUAAGGAGCAUUUUCGUCGAAGGCCCACUUCAUGCAAGCGUAAACCCACUCAUUUGGUUACCUCUAACUGUAAGUGCAGCGAGAAUCAAUCGAUCGGUUGCAGACCAAAAAAAGUAGAUCGAGAAUCCACACGCCCGAGCACACAUGCUCGCAGCCUUUGAGAAAAUCAACAGAGAAGAAUCAGCAAAACUUCGAUGAUUCCAAUUUAGAGACGAGGUGAUAGAGUUGGUGGAGGAGGAGUGUGAGGGUGGGGAACGGGAUAAUAUUGAGGCAGAGGAGGAGGAGAAGGAGGAUGAGGAGGAGGAGGAUGAGGAGGAGGAGGAGGAGGAGGAGGAGGAGGAAUGGGAGAGAGAGUGCGGUAGACGUGGCGCAAGUCUACUAUCACUUCAAACUGAUUCACUCGCAUGUCACCGUACCUGCCCUCACCUUGCAGCGGAGCACACGGUGGGCAUCGUCGGCAACGAAGGUCAAAUUUCAUACGAAAACGGUAAGGCUUGA